AUGGAUGUCAGCAUUUAUGAUUAUCCGAGAGAGAUAUGGAUCAUUAAACCAUUCGGAGAAAUUUUUCUCAAAGUUGUGACUUUUAUACCUGUUCUCACUUUUGGUGUUUUUGGUAAUGUUGCUCUGCUAUGCAUCAUUUCAACUAUCCGGACAUUGAGGACCCCGACGAAUAUUUUAAUUGCAAACUUAGCUGUGGCAGAUUUGGCGACUGUAUUAGUAUGUCCUAUCAUGUUCAUGUCACACGAUUUUUACCAAAACUAUUCUAUGGGACCUAUCGGGUGCAAACUAGAAGGCUUCCUGGAAGGUUCAUUUCUAAUUACUUCGGUACUUUGUUUGUGCACCAUCAGCUACGAUCGCUUGACCGCAAUUGUGUUGCUUCGAAAGUCACGACUGACUAUCCGUGGAGUCUCAGUUCUUAUAUUCGGUACUUGGCUUUCCGGCACACUGCUAGCACUGCCAUUGGCUGUGUUUCGUAACUAUAAAGAGCGACAGUGGAACGACUUUUUGGAAUCGUUCUGCGCAGAGGAUACUAAUUUUUUACCUCAGUACUGGCACGUGAUGAUCAGUGCACUUGUGUGGUUUCCACUAUUGGUGAUGGUUGGCUGUUACAGCCUUAUUUUCCUAAAAUUAAAUCUAUACGAAAGAAAUGUUCAGAGUAGAAAACACACAAUUUCUCUGCGCUAUAAGAAAAAGGUUGUGAAAUCGUUAUUUGUUGUGUUGUUAAUAUUCAUUUUAUUUCGAAUUCCAUUCACCACACUAGUUUUUAUACGGUACAGAAGGUUUUUAAACGAAACCACUGAUGAAUUAGGUGAGGAUUUCAAGAUCCUUUGGUACACGUCGCAUUACUUGAUGUUUCUCAAUGCCGCCAUCAAUCCGUUGAUUUAUGGGUUGACCAAUGACAACUUCCGGCGAGCUUACAACAAGACCAGUGUGUGGAGAUGCUUUUGGGGCAGUUUAUAUUCAAACAAGGCAAAACCUCAGAAACAAUCAACAGUGGUCUCAAUCAGUAAACUACAACCUCGUGAUCCAUGUGCAAGUGAUCAUAUUGUAACCCACUCCUGUCGGAUGGCCCAAACAAAAAACAAUAGGUUAAUUGCAGCUUCCGGUGAAACAAGAUCAUCCCAGCUUAAUCCGAUCACCGAGAAAACCAUGAAAGGGCCAUCCUUUGAGACUAAUUUAAUAAACUCUAAUCAAUUUCAUUACAAGCAUGGCCCACUCCAGUCAUCAGAAUACAUUUAAAAACAUGAGUAUAUUUCAA